GAGGAGAAGAAAAGUCAAAAUAAGAACUUGGAGUAUUUUGCAUGGGAAAAUAUAAAGUGAAUUAACAGAUUAAGCACAUCCCAAACUGCCAUGUCUAGCAUUGCUACCACCGUAAAACGCCGUAAGCCGUUAGUUAAAUCGAAAUCAAAAAAUACAACCAUAGGCACAGGUGCCGUUUCCACUGUUACUACCUCCACUACUACAAACACAUUAAGUGACCCAGUUAUAAACUAUAGCGCGAAUGAUCCAUUUGAUAAAGCGACGUUAGCCAACGCGUCAUCAAACAAAAGACUUCAACGCUUCUCAUUAAGCGACAUACUUGUUGGUAUAAUGCCAAGAACAACAAAAAAACAAGCUAACAGUAAUAAUGUAUCAAGUAACACAUCAAACAGCAAUCCCACCACCGCUUUGGUAUUGCGCACAACUUCUCCCACUUUGUACAAUGCCAGCAUAGCCUGUUGCCGCGACGUCAACUGCCGUCUAAAUGCGUUGAAUGAGCAUUUUACAGCGCUUGUUCAGCAAAAACACCACCAUCAAUUUAUUCAACGUGCAUCGGUUUGUUCAAAUGCAUCUUCGUCGUCAGGUAUGUCCCAUACCAAAAGUAGCAGACGGAGUAGAAGUUCUACCGUCACUGGUUUGAGCCGAAACGAAACAACUGCGACACCUACCGUACCAGCGAUUGCAGCAGCAGCUCUGCGCGAUGGCUCACCAGAUUCAGGUGUAGGCAGUGAUGCUGCAAUGGCGAAAGUAUUUCGUGCUGUCGCCGAAACAACAACAAGUGACGAUUCUACUUUGUCUUCGCUAGGGCAAUAUCUUACCGUACACCUACAGCUGGAUUUGUGUACGUGGAUCUUGUUUGUUUUAGCAGCUUUCACACGUUUCUAUAAGCUUUCUAUACCCCACCAUGUUGUAUUUGAUGAAAUACAUUAUGGAAAAUAUAUCUCCCUUUACACGCGAAACAUUUUCUUCUUCGACCAGCAUCCGCCGCUAGGAAAACAACUCAUAGCUGCGGUUGCAUACACAGCCGGCAGUUACGAUGGCAAUUACACAUUUCCACAUAUCGGAGCGGAAUAUAACAAAAAUAUGCCAAUUUUUUGGUUACGCUUUAUGCCAGCGUUGUGUGGCAGCGCAUUAGCGCCUAUCGUCUACAAGCUUCUCAUAGCCGCACGUCUUUCUCGAUGGUCCGCUUUGUUAGGAGGAAUACUUAUUAUUUUGGAUAAUGCAUUGCUCACACAAUCACGGUUUAUUUUGAUGGAGUCAAUGCUUUUAUUAUUUGAAGCUUGUGGCCUGUAUUACAUGUUGCGUUUUCAAGAAAGUAAUUUCGGUAGCUCUCUUUGGUUGAUAUUUGGAUUAGCGUCCGCAUCUUGUUUCUCUUUUGCAACCAGUGUAAAAUAUGCGGGCUUUUUGACUUAUGGUCUUACAACCUACCUUUCUUGCCGAUUUUUAUGGGAUAAACUUUACGAUGCUACGCUUUCAAAUCUGCAUAUUAUUUUACAAACCAUUGGCCGUAUCGUUUUAUUCACAAUUGUGCCAAUUAUGUUGUAUAUAGGCGUUUUCUUCGUUCAUUUGCAACUAUUAUAUCGUGCUGGGCCACAUGAUAGUAUAAUGACAAGUGCCUUUCAAGCUUCUCUUGAUGGUGGAUUAGCUUCGAUAACAAAAGGUCAGCCACUCAAAGUGGCUCAUGGUUCACAGGUAACUCUGCGUCACACACAUGGUCGUACAUGUUGGUUACAUUCACAUACCCACGUGUAUCCAGUGCGAUAUCCGGAUAAGCGUGGCUCUUCACAUCAACAACAAGUCACAUGCUAUUCCUUUAAAGACGUAAAUAACUGGUGGAUUAUUAAGCGCCCACAUCGAGAAGAUUUAGUCGUCGGGAAUGAGUUGGAUGUUAUACGUCAUGGAGAUAUUAUUCAAUUAGUACAUGGGAUCACCAGCCGUGGCCUCAACUCUCAUGACGUGGCCGCACCCAUGACCCCACAAUGUCAGGAAGUCUCAUGUUAUAUCGACUAUGAAAUUAAAAUGCCUGGCGAGUUAUUGUGGCGUGUGGAAAUUUUGAACCGCGAGACGGAAGGAAACAUAUGGCAUGCCAUUAAAUCGGAAGUGCGACUAAUCCAUCAUACCACGGGUGCAGCGUUACGUUUUAGCGGGCGUCAACUUCCAGAAUGGGGUUUUAAUCAACAUGAAGUGGUGGCAGAUCGGAACGUGGAGCACAAAGACGCAAUAUGGAAUGUUGAAGAACAUCGUUAUACAAAAACAGAGGACCAGCGUGAACGGGAACGACAACUGCUUAAAGCUGAGAUGAUUCCAACGAAAAAGACGAAGCUAACUUUUUUAGCAAAAUUCUUCGAAUUGCAAACGAAAAUGCUUUGGGGCACAAAACAGCUAGAUACCCACAUGUAUAGCUCCUCGCCCCUCGAAUGGCCAUUGUUAGAUAAAGGCAUUGCUUAUUGGGUUGACACAAAAACUGGCAGUCAGAUACAUUUGCUGGGUAACAUAAUUAUUUGGUACACCGGAACUGCAGGACUGUUUUUGUAUAUCUUACUGAAUAUAUUCUAUGUACUACGUCGACGACGCCUCCAUUUCGAUCUGCCAGAAAAUGAAUGGCACCGAUUCCGCCAAGUCGGCGACAUCUUUUUAGUUGCGUACUUUAUACAUUACUUACCAUAUUUUACAAUGGAUCGUGCAUUGUUUUUGCAUAACUAUCUACCUGCCUUCCUAUUCAAACUCUUACUGUUAUGCUAUGUACUUGAGCACAUUGACUAUUUGCUACGAUUAUACUGUUAUGUUAAUUGUAAAUAUAACGUUAAAGGUACUUUGCAGCCACAGCGGAUUUGGUUAGUCCGAAGCUAUCGUCUGUGUAUUUUAAUAUGGCUUGUAUCUGUUAUAUGGGUCUUUAUAAAAUUCUUGCCAUUAACCUAUGGCAUGCAAAAACUGAGCCCGCAGAAGGUGAUCAGUUUACGGUGGAAAGACACUUGGGACUUUAUAAUACAAGUCCACAAGUCUACGAGUAAUCGGAUUUAACGAUUUCCAACGUAUCUUACAAAUCGGAUGGUUGUUAUAAAUAUUAAUAUGUAUGUAUAUGUACACUCACAUAGUAGAUAACAUAAGUACGUCUAAUUUAUUAAAAAAGGCAGCGAAUUCAUCGCAAAUGUAAGCAUAGACUUUUAAUAAAAAUUAUAUUUUAAUCACCAUAUGCCAAUAAUAAUACAAUAAUAAAUAUUUAAUAAACAUAAAAA